AAAACCAAUCAAACGAUGGUUUGCGUGAAACAAGUGAAACAAAAUACCGUUGAAGAAUGGGAUGAUUCGAUGCCAUUACCCGGGGACAUUAUCGAAGGUAUUGCUGCCGUGGAUGACUGCACUGUCGUGGAAGUUAAGGAUAGGUUGUUUGUACCAACCAAAGGGAAAUCUGAGCUUAGGUCACAACUGGGACAAAUUAGCAAAAAGAAUGCACAAGGUUUCGUUUGGUUGAAGGUUAGAAGGGGCGAUCGAAUGCUGAAUUUACGCGUUUGUGUAGCGGAAGAAAAGGGUUUUCGAUUGCAGCGAAAGUUUAGCUUUCGAGCUGUUUCCAAUGAUAAACAUGUUGCGGUUUUGGACGACUUGGAUGUAGAUCAAUGCAUUGAACUUCAAGAAAUGAGCAGGAGAGUGGUGAAUACGGUGUCACAAGGAUUCAACCAAGAGUCGAUAAAAUACAAUUGGAGGAAGAAGGUGGCGACUUCUCUACCGGACAAUCAGUGUACGGUUGUUAGUUCGAUCCUUUUCAUGCCGCUUGCAAACGAGCACCAUGUCGAAUCCAUAACCGUUAGAGCAAUGGCUUGGUUUUCAGCCGUGGUUUCAUCAGGAACGCCUAUCGUGUUCGUUAACAUCCAGACCGAACAAAUCCUUUCCACGGUUAAAUGUAAUUCGAAUAAAAUUCCACGACAAGGGAUAAGGUUGUGGUUUUUGCCCGGACUAGCAGAAAUUCCAAUUGAGUUGAUACUAGAGCCAAAAGAAAACAGAUUUGGCAUAGAUGUAAAAAGAACCGAAGAGGGUUUCGUAUGCGUUUACGCGGUGACCAAAGGCUCGGCUGCUGACCGCGCUGGUCUGCGAAAGUUGUUUGAAAACUCGAUUGAGACGGGCCACAUUAUGGUGAUAUCAAGGCUAGAAGGGAAAAGUGUCAUGCCAACAAUGGCUAUGUCUGACGGUUUGCUAGUAUGUUGUGACCACAAUGAUAUUAGAGAGACUCUUGUUGGGGCUGUGGACCAGCUCGAGACCAUACAACUUCAUAUCAUGUCAUGGUCUACAACUCAAAAUGGGUAGAGAACACAACCAGUUGGUGUUGCGACUCUAAGGCCUCCGAUGUGACACCUAUGUACAAUUCACAAAUUCAUUGGUGUUGCAUGUUUUGUAAUUUGAACGAAGUGAUAGCGAAUCAUACUCUUAAAAGUUGA